AUGGCUGUAAGCAACAACAUAACCGCAAUCCUAAACUUCAUAGCAACACUAUCCUCAAUCCCAAUAAUAGCCUCCGGCAUAUGGCUAGCGUCAAAACCAGACAACCAAUGCAUCGCAAACUUCCGAUGGCCAAUUGUCAUCAUCGGCAUCCUAGUCCUCCUCGUUUCUCUGUCUGGUUUCAUCGGUGCUUACUGGAACAAACAAGGUCUCUUAGCACUUUACCUUUUCACUAUGGCAGUUCUAAUCGCUGUCCUCCUCAUCGUCCUCGUCUUCGCCUUCGUCGUUACCAGACCAGACGGAAGCUAUGUUGUUCCUGAUAGAGGGUAUAAAGAGUAUAGUUUGAACGGGGCUUCGUCUUGGUUGAGGAAAAGGGUGACUGGUUCUGGGAGUUGGCAGAAGGUUAAACCGUGUUUGGCUGCUUCUGAUGUUUGUGUUAAACUUGCACAGAAUUAUAUCACUGCUGAUCAAUUCUACAGUUCUCACAUCUCUCCAUUACAGUCAGGAUGUUGCAAACCUCCAACUGUUUGUGGAUACAAUUAUGUGAGUCCCAUAAUGUGGACAAACCCUGUGAAUCCCAUGGCUGAUUCAGAUUGCAACUUAUGGAACAAUGAUCAGAACCAACUAUGCUACAAUUGUAAUGCUUGUAAGGCUGGUUUACUUGGGAACCUAAGAAAAGAAUGGAGGAAAGCAAAUAUAAUUCUCAUAGUGGCUGUGGUUGUACUUAUAUGGGUCUAUGUCAUUGCUUGUAGUGCCUUUAAGAAUGCUCAAACAGAAGACCUUUUCACUCGUUACAAACAAGGUUGGGUUUGA